GCGUGCCCCGGGACUGGCGAGGGCCAGGCGUGGGUCGAUGGUGUCGCUGUGGCCCGGCCCUCCGGUCGGGUGAUCAUCCAUGUGAGCUGGACUUUUUAGAUGUUUUUAGCUUACUCGAUUUCAUUUUCUUUGAGAGACCCACAGAGCCAGCAAGAGACGGAGGCCCGAGCAAAGCCUCCCGGGUCUCCCACGUGGGUGGCGGGGACCCAUCACUGCGGCUGCACGGGGUGCGCACCUGCAGGAAGCUGGGUCGGGGGCCGGAGCUAGGAACUCCGGCAUGGGGUAUGGGUGUCCCGCCGCCGCGUGUGGGGUCCCGAGGAAGGCGGGAGUUCCCCGCACGUGCCUGCUUGCGCGGGUGGAGGAAGCAGCAUGUGCAAGAGAGAGAGGUCCAGGCCGGCACUGGGAACCCCGCCGGCACUCGGGAUCAUCCUGGCAGCAAGGGAGGCCCCAGGGCGUCCCACGGGAGCCUCACCCCACGGGGAUCCCGCUCCCUGACAGUGUCCCGGGGAAAGCAGCACAAGAUGGCCGAGUGCCUGGACCCCUGCACCCACGGAGCAGACCUGGAUGGAGCUCCCGGGGAGCAGCCCCGCCACUGUGGACAUCUGGGGGAGUGAGCCAGCAGGUGGAGGACGUGUGUGUCUGUGUACCUGCCUUUCCAAUAAAUAAAUCAGUCCUUAAAAAUAAUUUUAAAAAAGGCCAGUAAGGAGGGGCAGGCUUUAGAGCAGUGGUUAGCUCUCACUGGGGACACGCACGUGCCGUGUUGGAGAGCCCCCACUUUCCACCCCAGCUUCCUAAGGCGCUCCCUGGAGGCCCCAGGUGCCGCAUGGCGCUGGCGGCUGGGUUCCUGCCACCUCCCUGUGGCUCCUGGCCUCUCCUGGCCCAGCCUCACCUGUCCAACCGACCGGGGAGUAAGCCAGCAGAUGAAACGUGUCCCUUUGUGUCUGCUUUUCAAAUCAAAGAGAGAACAUCUCUGCUGACCUAGCGGGUUCAGAAGCCACAGGCACUAACCCCCUACGUGGAGCACAAGAAACAGGAGGCAGAGGGCCCCAACAGGAGUGCCGAGGGGGCAGCCAGCCAGUCGGCCAUGGCCGGGGAAGGGCUGACCCCCAUGAAGGGCCCGGCAGGAGCCGUGAGGCACCCCCAGGGCACACUCAGCCCCUGCUCCCCACGGGGUGGGCACACAGGCCUUGGCUGACUCAGGGGCAGAGCUACAAACCAGAUGGCCAGGGAGGAGAGGCUGAGGGCCCCCUUUUCCGCUCCUGGGGGUGGGAGGGUGCCUCGGUGGCCUUGCCCCAGGAAGCCCUCCUGAUGGUGACUCUGGUCAGAUAAGCUGCUCUGGCUGGAACUCCAGGGGGCCCUGGCCCUGUGCCUUCCAGGAAGCCUGCAUGGGCAAAGCUGUCCCCACCUGUUGGACGGGCACCUGAGGCCUGGCCUGGGCACAGGGGAGGCGGGCCACGGCCCCUACCCAGGGCUCUUCCUGCCAGCUCCUCGCCCAGGGGGAGGGGCUGACCCUUCAGGGGGUCGCCUGUCCGAAGUCCCCACUGAAAUACUCUCUGCCCCUCCCUUCCAGAUUAACCGAAACUUGCUAAUUGUAGCAGCCUCGGCAUGCUCCCCUCCCCCACGGCGUCUUCCUCCCUCCCCUCCCCCUUCCAUCCGAAUGAUAAAGGGCCUGGCCCGCCUGCCCCCCGCCGGCCCCAGGCCCCGGCCCACCUUCGCCACUCUGUCCCUCCACGCGGAGCCCUCCAGCAGGCCCGGCCCGGACCCGCGCCCUCGCCCUCCCACCCAUGGGGCCCUGCAGGGACUCCCAGGCAGAGUCGCCCUCCGAGCGCCCCAAGAGGAGGAAGAAGAGGUACCUGCGGCAUGACAAGCCCCCCUACACCUACUUGGCCAUGAUCGCCUUGGUUAUCCAGGCCGCACCCGCCCGCCGGCUGAAGCUGGCCCAGAUCAUCCACCAAGUGCAGGCCGCGUUCCCCUUCUUCAGGGACGACUACGAGGGCUGGAAGGACUCCAUCCGCCACAACCUUUCCUCCAACCCCUGCUUCCGCAAGGUGCCCAAGGACCCUGCGAAGCCCCAGGCCAAGGGCAACUUCUGGGCGGUCGACGUGAGCCUGAUCCCGGCCGACGCGUUGCGGCUGCAGAACACGGCCCUGUGCCGGCGCUGGCAGAACAGGGGUGCGCACAGAGCCUUCGCCAAGGACCUGGGCCCCUAUGUGCUUCACGGCCGGCCCUACCGGCCACCCAGCCCGCCGCCACCGGCCAGCGAAGGCUUCAGCAUCAAAUCCCUGCUGGGGAACCCCGGGGAGGGGCCGCCCUGGCCGCAGCAGCCCAGAAGGGCCGGGCAGGGCAGCCCAACCCCGGCAGGCGCAGGCUCCAGGAGCAGUGAGGGGGAGGCAGUGCAUACCCCACCCCUGCCCUCCUCUGAGAGGCCCCUGUGGCCACACCAGCCCCUCCCCAAGCCCACAAGAGUGGAGGGGGCAGUGUCCCAGGGCACAGACAUCCGCCCCUCUCCCCUCACUACCCCAGAGCCCAGGCCCUGGCCGGUCCACUUACUGCCAGGAACCCCAGAUCCCACGGGGCUGCCCACAGGGGGACACAGGGCCUCACUGUGGGGGCAGCUGCCCACCUCCUACCUGCCCAUUUACACUCCCAACGUGGUCAUGCCCUUGGCCUCACUGCCACCCACCUCCUGUCCCCAGUGCCCACCCUCGACCAGCCCAGCUUACUGGGGUGUGGCCCCUGAAUCCCAGGGGCCCCCGGGGCUGCUCUGGGACCUGGACGCUCUCUUCCAGGGGGUCCCGCCCAACAAGAACAUCUACGACGUGUGGGUCAGCCGCCCUCAGGACCUGGCUGGUGCCGCCCCGGGCUGGCUUCUGUCCUGGUACAGCUUGUGA